AUGACGGACUCGCUCUUGACACUUGCUGCGACAGAGCUGCUGGGUCUGGGGUGCCUAGGCAGAGGAAACGAUCAUUACGCCUUUACCUAUGUAUCAGAGGUUAACUCUAUGGGACCCUUUGGCGUCGAGCCGAGCGUUGCAAUCGAAAAGGCAAAGAAGGCUUAUGGCUUUGUUCUAUUAACAACUGAGGAUUUCUUAUCCCAAACAUCCUCCUACGGUGCCAACACCGGGAGAUACCUGGCAUCACUCAUCCGAAGACAGCCUAGAGUCUACACAGCAAACGUUGCAAGAAGCGUACAUGGGCAACACGUUUCCAAUUAUUUGUCGAUUUUUGAGAAUAAUGCACGAGGUGACCCUAAAGUACUACCGUGA